AUGACGGGCGGAAGGUUCGACUUCGACGAUGGCGGCACUUACUGCGGCGGCUGGGAGGAGGGCAAGGCGCACGGGCAUGGCAUCUGCACGGGGCCCAAGGGCCAGGGCGAGUACUCGGGCUCCUGGUCGCACGGCUUCGAGGUGGUCGGAGGCUACACCUGGCCCAGCGGCAACACCUACCAGGGCUACUGGGCUCAGGGCAAGCGGCACGGGCUGGGGGUGGAGACGAAGGGCAAGUGGAUGUACCGGGGGGAGUGGUCACAUGGUUUCAAGGGGCGCUACGGGGUCCGGCAGAGCGUGUGCACCCCCGCCCGCUACGAGGGGACCUGGAGUAACGGGCUGCAGGACGGCUACGGCGUGGAGACCUACGGGGAUGGAGGUACCUACCAGGGCCAGUGGGCCGGAGGUAUGCGGCACGGCUACGGCGUGCGCCAGAGCGUGCCCUACGGCAUGGCCACGGUGAUCCGCUCGCCGCUGCGCACGUCGCUGGCUUCGCUGCGCAGCGAGCAGAGCAACGGCAGCGUGCUCCACGACGCCGCCGCGGCCGCCUCGGACAGCCCGGCCGGCACCCGGGGCGGCUUCGUGCUCAACUUCCAGGCCGACGCCGAGCUGGGCAAGAAGAAGGGCGGCCUCUUCCGCAGGGGCUCCCUGCUGGGAAGCAUGAAACUCCGCAAGUCCGAAUCCAAGUCUUCCAUCUCCAGCAAGCGCAGCUCGGUGCGCAGCGACGCGGCCAUGAGCAGAAUCAGCUCGAGCGAUGCCAACUCCACCAUCAGCUUCGGCGACGUCGACUGCGACUUCUGCCCCGUGGAGGACCACGUGGACGCCACCACCACCGAGACCUACAUGGGCGAGUGGAAGAACGACAAGCGCAAUGGCUUCGGCAUCAGCGAGCGCUCCAACGGCAUGAAGUACGAAGGCGAGUGGGCCAACAACAAGAGGCACGGGUACGGCUGCACCGUGUUCCCCGAUGGCUCCAAGGAAGAGGGGAAGUACAAAAAUAAUAUUCUGGUUCGUGGAAUAAGGAAGCAGCUUAUACCUAUAAGAAAUACAAAAACUAGGGAGAAGGUGGACAGAGCCAUCGAAGGCGCUCAAAGGGCUGCGGCCAUGGCCAGAACCAAAGUGGAAAUAGCAAAUUCAAGGACUGCGCAUGCCAGAGCGAAAGCUGACGCUGCUGACCAGGCUGCCCUGGCCGCUCGCCAGGAGUGUGACGUAGCAAGAGCUGUGGCCAGGGAGCUGUCGCCUGACUUCUACCAACCAGGUCCUGAUUACAUCAAACAGAGAUUUCAGGAAGGUGUAGAUGUUAAAGAAAACCCAGAAGAAAAGGCACCAGAGAAGCCACCAACGCCAAAGGAAUCUCCUCACUUUUAUCGCAAAGGCACGACACCCCCCAGGUCUCCUGAGGGGAGUCCCAAACAGAGCCACUCUUCCCCGCCGUCCUCCCCAAAGCCCAUGAAGAAACAAAACCCCAGCUCAGGGGCAAGACUCGGUCAAGAUAAAAGGAGCAUGGCCGAUGAGCAGGUGACAGCUGUUGUCAACAAGCCCUUGAUGUCAAAGGCUCCCUCGAAGGAGAUAGGAGCAUCCAUGCCCCAGUCCAAGUACUCUGGCCGCCACCACGUCCCCAACCCCAGUAAUGGGGAACUACAUUCUCAGUAUCACGGCUACUAUGUGAAACUGAAUGCCCCCCAGCAUCCCCCAGUAGAUGGGGAGGACAACGUUGGAGCCAGCCACUCUUCCUCUGCACUGGUACACAGGCCUUCCCCUAACAAGUGGAGUCCCCCUAAAUCUGUGACAAAACCAGUUGCCAAAGACAGCAAAGCUGAGCCAAAAGCCAAGAAGUCUGAACUUGCUAUACCAAAGAACCCAGCAAGCAAUGAUUCAUGCCCUUCUUUGGAAAAAGAAGCCAAUUCAGGCCCUAAUUCGGUCAUGAUCGUCCUAGUCAUGCUGCUGAACAUCGGCUUGGCCAUUCUUUUUGUUCACUUUUUAACUUGAUUGGAAUUAGGAAAGUGAAGUCAUGUCAACUAGUGGUGUUAGCCCACAGUUCUGCCGUGGUGUCCUCAGCCCUUUAAACGGCAUCCCCAGUCAGACUCACACAGGCAAGGAGGCUUGGAAUUAGGAUGGGAUCGCAAGAGAGAUGAAACUUGGAAAAUUCAGCCAGAGGAGCUGUUCAGUUCCCCCAGGAAUGCUUGGUGGCUUUGGGGUCCUCUGGGAGCUGAAGCAUACAGCCAUGUUGGAGAGCAAAACUUAAUAAUAAUUCUUUUUUAAAAUCUGCUGAAGCAGCCCCAUCCGGCGACGUUCUUGGCAUUGGCUCCUCCAUCUGUCCUAGCAGAGUGUGACUAAACUGGAAAUGUAUGGACCUGCAAUUUUUUUUUUUUUUUUUUUUUUUUUUUUUGAUGGAAGUCAACAGCUGCCUUACUAUUUUACCAUCUGACGUUUUUAGUAGGGAGCUGGGGAAACGACUACCCGAGGAAUGCAGUCGGAGGAUUGUGUUGCUGUGGCCGUGGUUCCAACAUUCACUCCUAUCUCAUUAGAAGAAAUAGGUAGCAGCGUCACUCAGCAGUCCUGUGCCAUGACCUGCUGCCUUAACUUCUCCUGGAAUGUUCUGGGAAAGAACGUUUAGUUUGCUCAUGCACGACUCCGCUCAUUUUUGCUGUUUACUUAAAUAUGUUGUGUAGUAAUCUUCCACCUGUAGCCCUGGCCAGACGAAGACACUCAGGUUGCUCGCAAGAAAAAGAAACAACAAAAGAUAGUAAAUAUGUGUUUAUUUUGGUCGCAGUACAUCAUUUCCCAUGUCUUUUAUUCUUCCUAAACCUACAAGAAGCUACCUUUAAAAUAUAGCAAUCUGAAGACAUUAUGCCUUCCUAAUAAUUUAAUUUUAGAUAUCUUUAACAUUACUGAGACAAAUUAUGCACUCUGGAGGUGCUAAAGUUUAAAAGCAGAAAGACAACAGAAUCCGAAGAAAUGUAGUCAAAAUGUUGCAUGGAUUGCAGUAAUCAGUGUUUAAAGGAUUCAGUUUCAUGGCUGACGUACUUUACAACCAAAUAAAAUCUUGUCAGUGGCCAUGUUAAUUCCCAUGAAAAGUUAAGCAAGAUGCUAUUAAUAACUGUUCUUGUCUUUCUUUUUUCCCAACUUAAAUUUUUGUUGAGUACAUUCAGGUAAAGCAUAAAUCUUUGUUAAAUCAUUGCUUCUCAAUAUUCUGCCUUUCAUGUGUUUCAAACUCCUUUUGUAAUUUUAUUCCAAAGUUUAAAGAUUUAAAAGAUUUUAUUUUAAAUACUUGUCUUUUGCAGUACUUUGUUUUGACACAUUGAUUUUUGCCAUUUUAUAAUUUAUCCUUUAUUACACAGAAGCAUGCUUACUUAGAGAAACUAUAUGGCCUUUAUAAAGUAAUUAUUUAAAAAGAAAUCAGAAGAAGAAUGGUAUGUUUUAGGUGUCAUGAAGACAUGCCAUUGUGAAGGGGGCACGCUUCCUAAAUUAUGUCUAUAAUUUGCAUGGUUUAAUCAGAUUCUUUUUACCUUAUUAGCUAGCUUUUUAAUGCAGACGAGACAGUUCACGUAAUUCCCUCAUUAGCACAGGUGUGGACUGCAUGCAUUGUCACCUGCAGGGUAGUAACCCAGUGGUGUUUUUGCAGGAGUACAAUGUGUUGAGAAUCCUAGGUGUGACCAAUCUGGAAUAAAGAAGAAGGCAAAAAGAGAGGAAAUGAAAAGUUAAAACUUGUAUAUUUAUUUUUUACAUUUUGCUUUGACUUUUGAAUUUAGGAAGUAUGUUUUUGCCCAAGAACAAACGUUUGAGUUCUCAUGUCAGUCUCAGCAUUCUUACCGCUUCUUCCUACUCCCAUAGCUCCUUAAGCCGGGAAAGCUGAUUUUUUUUAAGAAAAUAAGAUAUUUAAUCUUACUAAGUGUUUAUUUAAAACAUGUAAUGCUUUGGAAACAAUGGGUAACAGAUAACUAAAGGAUAUGUUUAUAAAGUAAGCAUGUUGGUUCCAUUUAUAAAUAUAUAUAUGAUUUAUAAGCUUUUUUAAAACAAAGCUCAAAUUGUUGGUAUUUUUCUAAAAUGUGAACAGCUGUAUUUUACAUGAAGGCUCUUUCUAAUGGGUUGUUAUACUGUACCCUACAUUUUGGACAGCACAUGAAGUCUGCCAAUGUACUUAAUAAAACAUGACUUUGUUUAUUUAACGUUUCUUGCUGUGAAAAAGAACUCCCUACCCGUGAGUUCCUUUAUUUAUAAUCCUUGAAACCAAAAUGUAUAAUGUACAGUUUUCACAACUGUAUCUGCUCUAAUAAAAAAGUUGGUUAUUAAUAAAGUUGGAGGUGUGUU